AUGGCGAUAUCCAUCGGGGGACGCAGGAGGUCGCUGAGGACGAGGACCGGAGAGACGAUCGCGCUGCACGCCCCGCUCGGCGAGUGGCUCCUGCGGUCCUCCCGCGGCCGCUCCGGCGACAGGAAGGCCGCUGGCCCCGUCGUGGCGGUGGUCUUGGACUUCUUCUGCGGGUGGACGCAGGCGCUCGCGGCGGAUGCGGGCGUGCCGCGGCUUGUGUUCGUGCCGUCCGGCGUGCUCGCCACCGCCGCUACGCACUCGCUGUUCCGCCGCAUGCCGAGGCCCCCCGAAGGGGACGCGGGGCACGGGUACGCCGUCUCGCUCCCGGGCCUCCCUGGCGCGCCGGCCUUCCCGUGGCGGCAGCUCUCGCGGAUGUACCGGAGCUACGCGGAGGGCGGCGGUGACGAGCACACCGAGGCGAUCAAGGACAACUUCCUCUGGAACCUGGACAGCGUGGGGUUCGUCUGCAACACCUGCCACAGCCUAGACGCGCAGCCUCUCGAGGCCCGGGCGGGCGCAGCGGGGACGGGGCUGGUGCUUCACGGGUGGGAGCCGCAGGUGGCGGCGCUGCGGCACCGCGCGGUGGGGUGCUUCGUGACCCACUGCGGGUGGAACUCGGUGCUGGAGGCCUGCGCGGCCGGGGUGCCCAAGCUGGCGUGGCCCAUGGCCGCCGACCAGUUCUUCAACGCGCAGCUCGCCGUGGAGGAGGCGCGGUCCCCGACGCGGACGACCUUGCGCGCGCCCUGGCCGAGGUCGUCAGGGAGGCCGGCGCCGGCGUGA